AUGCUCUCUCAUGACUUUGAGAAACCCAGCCGAGAGCCCCAAUUUCACCAUCUGCCAACGGUCAGGAGUAAUCGUGCCAUCAAUAUUGCUCCUAUCAAUGCCCCAACUAUGAUCUUGUUGGGCUCUUUAAGUAUAUCACUAAAAGGUUUAGAAUCUGAGAGUGUAAUGGAUUCUUUCUCCAAACUUGAUGUUUUGGAUAGGAAAAGUUCGUUUGAUGAUCACAAGGGUGUAAGAUGCAUUAGAGAUGGGUUUUCAAUCACUCAAUUCAAUGAGUACGAUUGGAAUUCUAGGAACAAAGAAACUUUUGAAGAUGUAAAAAGAGUGCUUAAAGAUUCAGACAGGAACAGACACACAUCUAAAACCAUCUCCACCAAAAUGGUUACUUUAAGCCAGAAAAUGCAACAAGAGAACUCAGCAAUUAUAAGAAGUCGGGCAAAACUUAUAAACGAGAGAAAAACUGCAUUAGCAGCAUCAAUAUCUGCAAUCACAGACGAAAUAACAGCGCUUGAAGAAGACGAAAUAAGGCUUCAGAAUUCGUUAAUUGCCUUAGGAAUACCAGAAUCAAUAACUAAGGAAUGCUUAGAAAAGCGUUCUUAUCGCCCAGAGGCUGAACUCAUUUUGGAUAAUCCAGAAAGUGAAUUGAUAAAGGAAAUUACUUUAAUUUCGGAAAUAAAAAUUCAACUUCAAAAUGCACUUACGGAAAUAAAGGAACAAAGAAUUGAAAACAGAAAUGCUAGACAGCGGUUGGAGUACGAUUGGAGCGAUAAGUGCAAAGCUUAUGAAAUUGAGGCGAAAAUUUGCAGCCUUAACAAUUCUUCAGGAUCUAUAAUGUUUCAACCAGGAGUUACUAGAACACCUACUGAGCAAUCUUCCGAACAAUUUUGGGAACUUGUAACCAGAGAAACUCUUGAGGAAUGUGAAAAAUGCCGCAUUAAAUCGAUAAACCUGCGAAGUAGAAUAACAUCGAUGAUAUUGUGUGUAACAAGAGAUCUCCGAAUUCAAGCUGACAAUACUGAAAGAGCAUUGACUAACCGCAUCAACUGUACUCAAGAAGUAGUAAGACGAUUGGAAAUUGAACUGGAAGAGUGUCUUAAAAAAUUAGUGGAGAACGAGAACUGCAUUCAAAAAAUGCUCAUAACCAUAAGGAGUUUCGAAGCGCCUACUAAAGUGGCCCAUACUCGUCUGGAUAAUCGAAUAUAUCGCCCACACUUUGAAAGUUGCAAUGAUCACACUCAAAAAGGGCUUAUUGAAGAAGUAGUUACAAUAGAAAAUGCAGUUUCGAAUUUAUCGGAUGUUUUAAAAGAAUCUGAAAAGAUUAAAAAUGAAAUUAUUCAGAAUCGUGUAAAACUUGAACGAGAAAUAAUGCUCAAACGAAAAACAAUUAUGUUAGAUGGUGAAAGAUGUACACAGUUAAGAUCUCGCUACCCUUCUGCAACGACACUAAGUGGAUUCAUAAAUGAGUAAAUGAUGUUUUAUAAUUCAUCCAAGAAUAAUUAUUAUUUUUGAAACAACUAUUAUUCUGUCUGCUAUU